UCUCUUGUAUGUUCUGUGGAAAUCGAGACUAACCACAAUGGCUUCAAAGUUCUUAUGACGUGAUCUUUGGCAACAUAUUGUGCAUUCGGUACUUUCGAUUUUGACCUAUUUCACAUAUUUGCAAAAAUGUCUGUAAAUUCAACCAAUGUAAUUUCCGAAGAUGAUGUGAAAGAUUUAAAAGAAAGGAUGAAACUUAUAGCUGCUGCUGACCCGUCACAGUAUCAUAAUGAAUUUUCUCUGAGAAGAUAUUUGAAAGCAUUCAAAACUACAGAUGCAGCUUUCCAAGCAAUUUUGAAGACCAACAAGUGGCGGAAGGAGUAUGAUGUUGCAGCUCUUACUCCAGAAAAUCCUAUUGUUAUAUCUCACUUGGAAGCCAACAAAGCCAGAAUUUUACGCCAUCGUGACAUGGUUGGCCGACCAAUAAUAUAUAUACCAGCAAAGAAUCAUAAUGCUAAUGACAGAGAUCUAGAAGAACUGACUAAAUUCAUUGUCUACUGCCUGGAAGAGGGCUGCAAGAAAUGUUUUGAAGAAGUUGUGGACAAUCUAUGUAUUAUAUUUGACCUCAAAGAAUUUGGUUUGAGUUGUAUGGAUUAUCAGAUGAUAAAGAAUUUGAUAUGGUUGCUUAGUCGCCAUUACCCAGAGCGGUUAGGUGUUUGUCUCAUCCUGAAUGCUCCAACUUUAUUUUCAAGUUGUUGGCUCAUCAUUAAAGCCUGGUUGGAUGAAAACACUUCUAGCAAAGUUAUAUUCAUAAAUGAUGAAAAUGAACUUUGUUCAUAUCUUAUACCUGAUAUUUUACCAGAUAAUAUUUAAAAUCAAUGAAUUGUUUGUAAGUUGUUUUGUAAAACAAAUUUAGUAUUUUAGUAUAUAGUGAAACUUGAAGUGUGACGGCAUGAAAAUGUGUGGGUGCCAAAAAUUAAUAUCUUGAUGGGGGUUGUGCUGGCACAUGCCCUAGAAUUUUUAUUUUUAUUUUUUGGAGAGUUAGGGAGGGGUUCUACACUCAUACACAUUACAUCUGUACUUUUAGAAAUAUUAUAAAUAGAAUUAUCUCAAGUAUACUUCUUGGAACAAAAAUACUUGAUAUUUACAUAUCGUGUUUCAGCAUUUUAUUGUGUGUGUGAUUAGUGUAGAUUUUGUGAUGGGUAGAGAUGUUCUAAUAUUUUAAUUCAUUAAAAAUUGAAUAUUUUCAUCUUCUGUUGCCCUUGCCUGCUAGUAGUUAAAAAGUAUCAUAUUUGUUUAAUGGCAGCUGUUAUAAUUUUAAUGCUGUUAAAUAAUGAUGUAUGAUGCCAAAGUAUUAUUACUCAGAAAUAAGUUAACUAUUACUUAUAUUGUUUAAACAUAUUUUGAAUGAGACCAAAAAUGGUAUUGAAUGAACACAUUGGUAAGUGAACAGUAGUAUAUUUCAGGCCCAAUUAGCUUUGAAACUUGGUAUACUAUUUGAACUGAUAUAGAGAGAGCAGAAUAUUUUCUUGGAUGUGAGAGCAUAAAGUCUUGAGCCGGGUAAGAUGGUUAUUGGCAUGAAGUGUUGGUAUUGGUAUUAAUAGUGUGUAAUUGAGUGAAGCUGAAUUUAUUGAGAAUAAUGAAUAAAAGAGCUUGAAAACUUUAUAAAUACAUUAUCAUUUAAUGACAUUACUGCAAUAAUGAACUCGUCAGUACUUUUAAAAAGUAUUGAACAGACCCCCCCACAUCAAAUUGUACUGAGAAUUGAGAACAAUAUAAAGCACAUGAAGUGUUUUCUGGGUGCCACAGAGAAUUGUGCACUUAUGGAGCAGCUUCUAGGCUCAGUAAUGCAAUAGGAUCUGCUCUUUUCAUUUUUGAUACUUUUAUUUCAUCUCUGUUGUCACAAACUCAAGUUAUAUUUUAAAUAUAGUUUUUACUUGAUUCCACCCUAUCUUGGUUAAUAAAAUAUUAUUAAGAAAGAAAUAUUUUUGAAUUUGUCACUGCACUUCAAAAAAUUUUGAAAUAAAUUCAAUAAUAUUUGUUCUAAAUCUGUUAUUAAUGAUAAAUUUCUGCUAGAAGCAAAAACCUCGGAAUCUACUUCAUAAGUAUAUGAAAAUAUUCAAAUUGCAUUCAAAAGUUUUCAAAAAAUUGUAUAAUGGAGGAAACUAAAUAAAGAUGCAAGAUGUUUCUAUUUUUGAAGAAACUUUAAGGAAAUUAACUAAGCUUAAGGCUGUUAAAAUAUAUAUAUAUCUGAUUUAUCUGAUCAGAAUCAGGGUUCAAGAUGUUUUGUUUCAUUUGGCUGAGGGUCUCUUUUUGCCAUCUUCCCCGGCAAUGCUUGAUGUUUCUUUUUCCCUUGCCCUCAUUACCAGCUUUGGUCUUCACUUCAUUGCUUCUGUUACUAGCCCUUGUUCUGCUUGGAUUACCCUGAAGUUGGUUAGUUAAAUGUUUUAAUCUAAUUUGUUAAUUUAAUAGAGUAAGCAUUGCACAGAUGAUGUACUGGUUUCAUUCAUGGCAUAAACACUUUUUUAUACAAUUUUUUCUGUUAAAAUUUUUAGUGUAAUGGUGUAAUUUUUGUUUUGUAAUUUCUUUGAAUGUAUAUGUUGGUGGACUAUUUCCCUCACAACAUAAUGCAGGAGGGUUUUAACUUGUACAAUUGUAUUUGCGAGUUAAAACAACUUGUAAUAUUUUUAUGUCAGUAUAUAGUUGACUAAAGAGAAAAUAUGUUAUCUGUGAAAUAAUGUCACUUUUUUUGUUGUUAGUGUUAUUUAUCUAUGCAAUUUCAGAGUCUAAUGGAAUCAAAAGUGUUUCAAGAUCUAUUUCCUAUAAAUAAAAGAGUUGAUUUUUGUAAAGAUUUGUAUUUUUUUACAAAAAUAGAAACAUCUAAUCCUGUUCUCAUUUAAUUUUUAUUAUAAAAGAAUAAUGUAAAGAUUGUUGAUUGUGGUUAAAAGCUACAUUUUACUAUCAUAUAAAAUUGGAGGUCAUUGUUACAAUGUGAAUUUUAUGGACUUUAUUAUGUAUUUUAAUGAAAAUUAGGAAAGAAGAGAGUUGUUGGUGUAUUUCAUCAUACCUGAUUUUCUUCAAACUCUUUCUUUUUUUGUCAAUUAUUGUGUAAAACAAAAAUUUAACAGUUCCUUAAAAAUGUUAGUAUUUUCCAAGAAAACUGAGGAAUAAUUUUAAUUUUGUUUAUUGAAUUUGUUUUUUUCUUUACCUUGAUUUAAUAAUUUAAAUUGUUAUAAUGCAUUUAAAAAAAAUUCUACUUCCAAUAUUUUUGGUUACUUUUUUGUAAAUUGUGUGUUUCAAAUUUUAAAGACAAAUAACCUCCCCUUUUUAAUGUUCUACAAUAUGUAUGCUACCAGCAAGUAUUCGUUAUUCACGUGUUAAAAUUGCAUUGAGUUAAUCAUUCCAAAUUAAGUUUCAUUAUAUCUUUGUACAGUAAAAAGUAUGAUUGAAUAUAAAAUUACGUGUGAGUACACAAAUGAAAGAGGUAAUUAGUAAAGCAAAUUUAUCAUUCAGAGAUGUUAAAAUUUAAUUAGUAUUUUAAUUGCGUUAUAAAAAUAAAUAUUAUUCUAUUUAUGUUUCUUUAAUUGUGCAUGAAUUGCAAUAACUGAAUUUUAACAAUGCAUGAUUGAGGAAAAUAUUGAUGAGUUUAAAUUUAGUAGUAUUAAAAAUAAUACUGUGUUUUUGAAUUGAUGAAAAAUUAAAUCAUUGUUGUGAAACUUAGUUUUUAAAGAAGUUAAUUGAGAAUCUGGUGUCUUGUAAAAAGAAAACCACUGCAUUUACAUAAAUCAUGUUUUAUACAGUAUUUUUUAUUGAUUUUGUGAAUUCUUUUAUUCUUUAUUUAUUUAAACCAAGAUAAUUGUUUGGCUAUAAUGUUCUGUAGCUUCUCAUAUUUUGAAGUUGUGUAAUAGAUGCAAGUAAUUCAAGUAUCAUCAAGUUACAGUAGUGUAUAAAUGAAAAGGAGGGUAGACAAUACAUAAUCUGUGGUUUGAUUAUUCCUACAAGCGUGAGGGAUUCAUCUUAUUUAGAAAUUGUCAUAUUAAAAAGUACGAUUGUAUUCUUAACAAUAAUUGUAUUCUUCAUUCACUGUCACCAAAAUUAUUCCUCACCUUUCUUUGCUUAUAAUAAUAUUGAAUAAAGCAGUUUUUAAGUGUUUUCUUUUGCUUCAAUUUGGCUUAAAAGUGUCAUUUAAAUCUUAAUUCGUUGCACACUAUGUUAUAUAUUUGGCAUUGUUUUGCAUUCUAGUCUGAGGUAUUUCCAUGUAAUAAAUUGCUAGUAUUGUUUUGGAGUUUUAACAUUCACUUUUUUAGCUAUAAAUACUAUGCUAUUCUAAUAUAUUAUUUGUUGUUAUUGUGAUUGAAAUUAAAAAAAAAAAAAUUAUUAUGAAGAGAUGACCAGGGCUGGAGGUGGGGGUGGGGUGGGGUGGUCACUGACAACCUUCUAGGAGUGAUGUAAACUAAAAAUUUUAAUCGGAAUGGACUUUUAAGGUUUAAUUAAAAUUGUGAUGUUAUAUAUAAUAACAGUUUUAUAAUUGAAGAUUUUCUUCUUAUUUGAAGUUGUCACACGAAUGAAUGCAUCUUCUUUAAAUUACAUAUAUUUUGAUUAUACAUUGAAUUUUUGUAUUAAAUGUCAUUAAAAUUUUCUGUAACCACCUUAUUAUUUUAGGUAGAAAAUAAAUAAUAAUUGAGGUGGUGACAUGGGAAAGGUAGUAAGACAUGAAAGGCAAAUCUUACAGAAGCUAAAAACAGUUUUUACGUGACUAUAAGAAGUUGUAUUUUUAGAAUUGUUUUAGAACAUUCACAUUAGCUUUACAAAAUGCAUUUAAAGGAAAGUGAUACAUUUGCAUUAUUUAUUAUUUUAUAAUUUGUUGUGUCCUCACCCUUAGAAGACAAAUAUUGUUUCUUUAGUCACUUUGCAAAAAUGGAAUCUCAUAACCCCUACCUAUUUAACAACCCAUGUUCUCAUUUAAAAUGUAAAUAUUUACACAUUGGAAACAAUCCUGGGAAGUAUAAAAAAAUGGUUUUCAUUCAAGUGAUAUUUUCAUUAAAAAUUAACUUAUUGUAGAGAAUAAUUUGGUGUUGCCUACACGUUUGUUGUUCCCAAUUUUAAACGAUUUAUCAGUUCUGAUUAAAAUGUACAUGUCUGUCCAGUUAUUGUCACACAGCUGUCUAAAGUGAUAGUGAUAAAAGGAUUUGAAGAUGAAUAUUCAGUGCAUUAGCAUUAACUAUUAUUUGUCACUUGUGAGUACAAUCAAAUGCUUUUGUUUUACUCACUCAUUGGAUGUCUUUGAAUAAUUUUUUCUUCAUCUGAGGGACCAUUACAAGGGUGACAUCUUUGAUUGUUGUGGUAUAAAAAUGUUGGUCUAGAUGACAUAGCUUAAAUAUGAUUGUAUCAUGCUUCAAAAUAGUAACUUGAAUUGCAUCUUUAAUCCAGGAUUUAAUUACAGUCAUUUAAUGUAAAAAUUGUUAUAAACACACGAUUUCUUUAUUUAAGUUCCAGUCCUACCAUUGUUUUUGCCUGUUUGUUGUAUUUUAUGAAAUAAUCAGCUAUUAACAGAUAGAAAGCGUUCAUUGAGUUUUCAUUGAUAUGCUGCUUCUCUGAGAUAAGUUAUUUGCUUGAAGAUAUCUGUGAAAUGAAAAAUUUGUGUAAUAAGCUGGGGUGAAUUAAUGCAUAAGCAGAUAUUGUACACUUGCUUAGGGCCCUUGUUAGAGUGUAGGCAGCAGUAUAUUUGUAAGUCAGAUUUUUAUAUAUUUCAUAAUGUGUAAAUAUAUUUGAUCUGCUUUGAUUGUCUAAAGUAAAGCUUGAUGAAACUCAGAUCAGUAUCGUUAUUAGAACUCAAGUGUUCUAAUAAUCCACAGCUCCUAUUAUCUGUCAAUAUCAGUCUGUCACCUUUUCUAGGAUGAGUAUUGAAAUUUAAACAAAAAUUACUGUACUUUGGAAUGUUUACAAAGUGGGUAAAACAUUGAACACUAUUCUUCUCACAUCUUAUUAAAAUAACAAUUGGUUAAUUUUUGUAUUUUAAUGAAAUGUUUUAUGAUACCUAAGUCGUUAAUAUUCAUUUUCAAAAUUGCUAAGGUUAUAUUUAAUUUUUUACAAAUUUGUUUUAGAUAUGAAUAUUAGAUAUUUAUGGUUAUUCAUUUAUAUGCUUAAGGGCCCUUUAGAUAUUUUACCGGAAUUUGUGGAUGAAAAACAUCCAUGAAAAAAAAAAAAAGAAAAAGAAAAAGAAAUAUUUCUGAAAGAUACCGGGUAGUAAUUUUUUUAAAUUUCCUCCAUCUUUUUUUAAUAGCUCCAAGGAAAGAUGUAUGUAAUGCAUCUCAUUUUGUCAAUUAACUUCUUGCAAAGACUGAGCUCCUGAACACUUAGAAAAUUAACUCCAAUAUUUCAUGUUUGUCGUCAUGUUUAAAGCAUGAUCAAAAGUCGAUGAAGAUCAAAUGUUGCGAGGUUAUUUUUAGUCAAGAAGUUUCACUUGUGAACGAAACUAAUUUAGAUAACCAUUUGUAACAUUACCAGCAAAUUGUUGUAGCUGAUUUGCUGUGGAAAAUGGUUUAUUAUACAGAGAGACUUUCAACUUCUUGAAAUUUCAAAAAAUAAACAAUCAAAUGAACUUACUAAUUUUCUAAUGAUUGGGUUUCAUCAUUUCUCCAAUUAUUUAUUUAUUAUCAAUGCAUGUAAGGUGUCACAUUACAAAAUCUAUUUCGAAGAAACUAUAGAUCAGUUUCUUGAAACAGUUAAUGAAUUUAUAAUUUUAAUAAUGUUAUUGGAUUAUUGAAAGAUACUUCUUUUUCUGUUCAAACUCAUAUAUUUUGUAAGAAUAUUAAUUGAUUAGAAAAUUGUUGAGAAUUCGAUGAUUCAAUGCAAUGAUGAUUGUGAUUUUAUAUAGUUUGCAUUAGACAUAAAUACAAUUAGCAAAUUGACUUGUCAUAAUUGUUUGAAACAAUUCUUAUUGACAAAAAAAAAAUAUUGUUAUUACUAUCAUGCAGUUGAUUGCAUGCUCUUAAGGUUACAAAUGCAGGGUGAGUGCACUACGGGUGUUCAAUCUUCAAUUUGGAAGCAGUGUAAUAUACAGCCUGUUUUGAGUACAGUUUUACUGGAAUUUCUUUCUCAUUAAUAAUAUGGAAAGUUAAAUAAGUUGUUUGUUAUGUUCAAUUUGCAUGCUUGAUAACAUUUCAGAUUGUAUUUUCAUGGUUUUACAAUCUGUUGUAACAGCACUGCGGUUGCACCAUUGUAGUCUUCUAUUACCUUUUUGAAAAACAAAUAGGGUGUGCGAUAUCUAUGUUAUAUAUUUAUUGACGAAUAAUUAUGAAUACAAAGAUUAAUUUAGAGAAGAUAUUUUAUAAGUGUGUUUUUAAAUGUGACUUCAGAAAUAGUACUAUUAUAAUCAGAAGUAGUACUAUUCAUGAAAUUUAUCUCUUUGUCUGUUUUUCUGUGAAAAGUGUAGUGUACCGUUGUAAUUUUGUGUGAACCUCAAUUUUUUUAGCUUUAUUGUUUUUGUUUUGUCUUUUUGUUUCAAAAGUUUUUAAAAUUCAUAGCAUUCAAGUGUUCUUGCCUGAAAACCUUGAAGUUAUUCGAGCAUUAAUGAUUUUCCUAAAUGUUUAUCAUGACAUUUAAAUAAUGUAAAUUUUAUCAGUGUUACAUUAGUGAAUUAAUGUCGUGUAUCUCUAAGUGUCUUACAUUUGAUCAAAAAUUAUCACUUGUUGUAUGCCUCUUUAUAUUUACUGAAGAGACUGAUCCACAGAACAAUGAAGUAAAUCACAUCUCAAGUGAACUAUUUGCUCUACAGAUGGGAAUUGUGUAGAAGAAGUUUAAAGAUAAUUUAUAUCAUUUCUUGACUUAAAAAAAUAGAAAUGUGUUUGAUGUAAUCCCUUAUUUCCUUGUCCAGUGAGCCUCCAUUGAUUCCUACCACCAAAAUAUGGAUAUUGAAAACAUCCGUCAGUUUCUUAUAUAAUAUUUGUACCAGUUUUUUCCAGUCUUUAUUACUAAUAAGUAGGAGGCUUUAAUACCCUUUUGUUUGAAAAUUUUAGUAUUUAAUAUCUGUAAUGGCAGAUUUUUACUUUAAGAUCUAUAUUUCCCAUUCCCAAAAGCAAUCUAUUGCUAAUGAAGAUACUAAGUUAACAUGUACCGUCUUUUUAGUUUGUAUGUUUCAGUUAAUAAUAGAUCAAUUGGGGCCAAAAUUUGAGACUAAUAAAUUACUCCAAUUAUACAUUAUUUUUCAGUUAAUACUUAAGUGUGGUGGUCUUUGUCUCUGAGCUUCAUGUUUUGCCUAAAAUAUGAUGAGAAAUUGGUUCAAUUUUUUUAAAUUUUCUUUGGAGUUAGGUUUGUGGUUGAUUUUAGGCAAGAUUCUUAAAGUAAGCCUUAUAUCUAAAAUGCAUAUGUUCUUGUACAGUUUUUUAUACAUUUGUUCUAGGCUUUGUAUUACAACAAAAUAUAGUCACAUAGGUUACAGUUAUAUCACAAAACUUCAUUAUUAUUAAUGCAGGUAUUUUAUUGUAUGUUUUGUUUCUUAACUCGCCAUAAGGAAUCAAAGCCAUCUCAUAAAAAGGGAAUCAUGUCAAUUUUAAUUGUAGGUAGCUAAGAGAUAACGCGUGGAGGAUCAAUAUUGUAACUUAUAAAUACAGUGGUACUACAGUGUGGUGCUAGCCUUUACUUUAUUAUAAACAUUUAAUGUUAGGAUAUUGGUGAAUCAAAUAUAUUAAUGUUUUAAUUAAUUAGACUUGUAUAUCUGUACCUCUGAAAAUAAGCUGAAGUGAAAUUGGAAAGAAUUACAUUAACAUAAUGUUAAUUGUUUUACAGCAUGUUGAUAGAUUAUUUUUAUUAUCUUCAUCAACUGAAAUAUCAGUUUAAGAUUAUAAAUAUCCAUAUAUUUUUAUGAAGUUAUUUUAGAGGACGCAGCUACCUUUCUUAUAAUUAAGCGAGUGCAAUUAUGUGAGCUUCUCAAUGUAAAAAUAACUUAAUUAAGUCAUGGCUAAACGUCUAAUACACCUCUUGCAUCCUGCUAUUAUUUAUCAACCUGUAACCAUUUCAUUAACAUUUCAUUUCUGAUUACAGUAGAAUAAUUAUGUUUGGUAAAUUAAUAGAAAAGAUUAAUUUACAAAAAUUAAUUGAAAGAGACAUUGGAAGUUAACUAAAGAUGAAAAUAGAAAAUACCUGAAAUAAUGAUUAUAAUAUUGAUUUUAAAUGAAACAAAAUCGAUUCUAAAUGUUGACUUCAUUGUUUAAAGAGUGUAUUAUGUAAAUCUAAAGUUUUUGUAAUUGCCAUAAAUGUUACUUUUUAAUAAAUUUUCUAUUUAAAUGUUUUAAUUAACCAUCUUGUACUUCAAAUUUUCCUUUUUAUUACACGUUUCAAAGGUACUGUAUUUGUUUGUGUAUUUUUUCGAGAAGUCACUAGUUUAUCUAGAAGAAAAUUGGCCAUCCUGAAUUGAUUUGUAUGUUUUUGACAGAUUUGUACCUUAGAGAAAAUAAUAUUUUCAUCCAUUCUGUUCAGGUUAAAAUAACAAUUUGAAAAUAUUUUGUGUAAGGUAAAGUAUAGAAAAUAUUAUGUUGACUUAUAUAUUUUUACCCCUGUAAAUAAGCUGAAAUGUCAACUUUUUUCUAAAAAUGAGAUAUGACCCUGGAUUUGAAGUCAUUCUUGAUAUUUGUAUAAUGCCAGAUAAAUUAAAUUUCCAGCAGGUCACUGAGAAGUGGGUGCAAGCAUAUUUACAAAAACAACUAAAGUGUGUAAGAUCAUAAACCAUAAGAAGAUAAGUUGUGUUGUCUGAUUAUUCACUCUAUAACAAUGAUUUGAAAUCAUUAAUUAACAUAUAAUAUGUUCAGUUUUCUCUUUAUUUAUACUAGAUGGUUUGUUUCUGAAAGAGUUUAUUUCUGAAAGUUGUUCCAGUGCAUAUCACAGAACACAAUCUGUACAUGGUUCUUAAAGUAGCAGAGCUAUUAAAAUAUGUGCCACAUCAGCUUCAACUUAUAAAAUAUGAAAAACCAAGAUCUCAACCUGAAAUUGAAACUCAAAACUAGCAUCUGAAAAGUAGCAAAUUUUUAUCAAUACUCCUUGGCAUGAUAGAUAUGAGAGUAUAAAUUAUUUUUAGAGUAUAUUAGUAGCCUAUAUUUGUUGAUGCUAACUGAUAUAUAUCAAACAGGUUUAUUAAGUCAUUUAAAAACUGCAUAGUCUUGUAAUUGGGAAAAAAGUUAACAUUAUUAGUCAAUCUGCUUACAUAUGAAAUUUUAAUUGUUUUCAUAAAGUAAUAUUUAUUUUUAAUUGUUUUUCACUUAAAAUGUAUGUACAAGUUUGUAUGUAUAGCAGAUUACAUUGAGUUUAUUUGGAUUGCUUACGGUAUUGUUUUUUUAAAUAUUUGUAUUUUCCUUGCUACACAUUAAUGGCAACAUUCUUAUUAGGUGGGGUUUGAAUGCCAUAUUUUAAUACUAAUGGAAACAAUAAUAUGCUACAAAUUUGUGGUUCAGCAUUUUGUCUUGCUGAACAAGAAUCAGCUUCAAUGUAGUGGCAUUGAAAUUAUGUUUAUGAAUGUAUGUUAUUAUGGACUGUUUAAAUGCUUGUGCUGAAUAUAGUUUUCAUAUUUUGGAAUAAAUUCAAUCAUCCAAAAGAUCAAAGAAUUUUUAAAAAAAGCCAAAGACUAUUCAAUUUGUAAUUUCUAAAAGAAAUGUUGAAAUAAUUGUUUCUUGUAAUACAUGUUCUAGUCCAGCAAUAUGGACUGACUUUGUAUGUUUGAGAAUUUGUUUUUAUACAUUUUUUUGGCAGGGAAAGGUGCUAUAGGGUCCAAUAUUGUUCAUGAAUGGUUGUUUCUGAUCUGAAAAUGCAAACUAAUUUAAACAUUUACCAAUGUAUCUUUUAUUUAAUAUAAUAAAGUGUUGCUAUAUGUAUGAAAACUAUAUGUAUUAUGUGAGAGAGCGUAAUACGAAUUAUGUUAAAGCAUUUCAAAAUAAAAUUAACCUAAUUGGCAAC